GUCGCGAGCGCCGGCAAGCAGCUGCUCAUCAUCGCGGAGGACGUCGAGUCCGAGGCGCUGGCGGCGCUCGUCGUCAACCGCCUCCGCGGCGUGAUCAAGGUCGCGGCCGUGAAGGCCCCGGGCUUUGGCGACCGCCGCAAGGCGAUGCUGGGCGACAUCGCGACGCUCACGGGCGGGACGUUCUUCGCUGAGGACCUCGGCCGCUCGCUCGAGUCCAUCGAGCUCUCCGAGCUCGGCAAGGCGAAGAAGAUCAUCGUCACGAAGGACAACACCACGGUCAUCCAGGGCGCCGGCAAGAAGGCGGACAUCACCGCCCGGGCCGAGCAGAUCCGCAACCAGCGCGAGGCGUCGACGAGCGACUACGACCGCGAGAAGCUCGCGGAGCGUCUGGCGAAGCUGACGGGCGGCGUGGCGAUCAUCAACGUCGGCGCCGCGACCGAGACGGCCAUGAAGGAGCGCAAGGACCGCGUGGACGACGCGCUCAACGCCACCCGUGCCGCGGCCCAGGAGGGCUACGUCCCGGGCGGCGGCGUCGCGCUGCUCCGCACGCUCGACGCGCUCGAGGCGGGCGAGAAGAAGGCCAAGGGCGACGAGAAGCAGGGCUUCGCGAUCGUCCGCGAGGCGGUCGUCGUCCCGCUCAAGCAGAUCGUCGACAACGCCGGGCUCGACGGUGAUCUGGCCGUUGAGAAGGUGAUCGAGGCGGGCGGCAGCACCGGCUUCGACGUGCUCUCCGGCAAGUACGUGGACAUGGUCAAGGCGGGCGUCAUCGACCCCGCGCUUGUGCCGAAGACGGCGCUGAUCAACGCCGCGUCGGUCGCGGGCCUCAUGCUCACGACGGACGUGAUGAUCACCGACCUGAAGGAAGACGACGAGCCCGUCGUCGGCGCGACGGCGUAA